AUCCUCGAGCUCGGGGGUAACUUCAUGAGCUGGCUGCUGGCAACUGGAACGUCAGCUUGGUUAAUUAUCUUUCAAGCACAGAAAUUUGGGAAUUAAAUUGAAACCUGAGGGAACACAUCUGUGUUUAUAAGCUCCAUGCUUAGUGAUACAUUUCCUAGUCUUAAAAAGGUCCUUUUAUUUUCUGGAGGAGAUCACGACGAGCUCUCCGUAUUGGUCUACGUGUGCGUCAGCACAGUGCUGGUGUUGGAAUAGCAGAAAGUCCUGCGUGCCCUGAACAUUACAGGCUCACCGUGCCUGGUAUGCAGGGCUCUCUUUUUCUCCCCUCCCUUUCAUCUGGACAACACUUCCAAGACAGUGGUGAAGAAGGAGCUGCUCUCUGAUGUGAGCCCUGUAGUCGGUAAACUUGCUGAAGGACGUUGGAUAUUACUCUGUGCUGGCUUUUGCAACGAAUUUUACUGUCUGGAAGCUACUGACUCACUAGAAAUUAGGAAAGCACGUAAGAAGUCCAGUUGAUCAAGGUGGAUUUUUUUUUUCCAAGAGUCUUUUCACAAUUGCCUUUUGCAAGAUAUUUGGACGCUCCCCAUUGUGCCAUGUUUUGUGGCUCUUACCGUAAGAAGAAUUUGUCUUGAUGAAGAUUCCUAACAUUGGUAAUGUGAUGAAUAAAUUUGAGAUCCUUGGGGUUGUAGGUGAAGGAGCCUAUGGCGUUGUACUUAAAUGCAGACACAAGGAGACACAUGAAAUUGUGGCAAUCAAGAAAUUCAAAGACAGUGAAGAAAAUGAAGAAGUCAAAGAAACCACUUUACGAGAGCUUAAAAUGCUUCGCACUUUGAAACAGGAGAACAUAGUGGAGCUGAAGGAAGCCUUCAGAAGAAGAGGAAAACUAUACCUAGUAUUUGAAUAUGUGGAAAAAAAUAUGCUUGAAUUGCUAGAAGAAAUGCCAAAUGGAGUUCCACCAGAAAAAGUGAAAAGCUAUAUCUACCAGCUAAUUAAAGCAAUUCAUUGGUGUCAUAAGAAUGAUAUUGUUCAUAGAGAUAUUAAACCAGAGAAUCUUUUAAUAAGUCACAAUGAUGUUCUGAAGUUGUGUGACUUUGGCUUUGCUCGUAAUCUCUCUGAAGGAAGCAAUGCUAACUAUACAGAAUACGUGGCUACCAGAUGGUACCGCUCGCCUGAACUGUUGCUUGGAGCCCCAUAUGGAAAGGCUGUGGAUAUGUGGUCUGUGGGCUGUAUUCUGGGCGAGCUGAGUGACGGACAACCCUUGUUCCCUGGGGAGAGCGAGAUUGACCAGCUCUUUACCAUUCAGAAGGUGCUAGGCCCACUGCCAGCCGAGCAGAUGAAGCUCUUCUACAGCAACCCACGCUUCCAUGGCUUGCGGUUUCCUGCAGUCAAUCAUCCACAGUCUUUAGAGAGAAGAUACUUGGGAAUUUUAAGUGGUGUACUGCUUGAUCUUAUGAAGAACUUACUGAAGUUAGAUCCAGCAGACAGAUACUUGACAGAACAAUGUUUGAACCACCCUUCGUUUCAAACACAGAGACUCUUGGAUCGCUGUGGAAGCUCACCUUCACGGUCAGCUAAGAGAAAACCUUACCACGUAGAGAGCAACACAUUAUCUAACAGAAAUCAAGCCAGCAAAAGUUCUGCUUUGCAGUCACACCACAGAUCAAACAGCAAGGACAUACAGACACUAGGGGUUGGCGGCCCAAGAGAAGAGGGUCUUCCAGCAAAUGAAAGCUUUUUAAAUGGAAACCUUUCUGGAGCUGCACAUAGCCCAAUGCAUACAAAGAAAUCGAGCAACCAGCCUGGAUCUGGUAACAAAGAUCUAGCCAAUAAUAACAUGCCACAUCUUCUUAGCCCAAAGGAAACAAAGGCCAAAACAGAAUUUGAUUUUAACGUGGACCCCAAAAGUUCUGAUGGUCCAGGCACAAAGUACCUGAAGUCUAACACCAGAUCUCAGCAGAACCGGCACUCGUUUAUGGAAACUUCUCAAAGCAAGACUGGGACACUGCAACCCGGUGAUAAGCAUAGUCGCCACAGCUACAUUGAUACUAUUCCACAGUCUUCUAAGAGUCCUUCGUAUCGGACAAAGUCAAAGAGCCACGGGGUUCUGACAGACUCGAAAUCCGUGGGCAACCUGUCUGAGGCCAGGGCUCAGGCUGCAGAACCAAACAGCAGUCGCUAUUUUCCAUCCAGCUGCAUGGACUUGAACUCCCCCACCAGUCCGACCGCUCCCCGACACGGUGAUAACAGAACUUUGCUCAGCCCAUCUGCUAGGAAUAACCGCAGCGAGGGUACCCUGGACACCCGAAGACCAUCAACCAGGCACUCCAAAACAAUGGAGGAGUUAAAACUGCCAGAUCACAUGGAUGGAAGCCAUUCCCACUCGCUGUCUGCUCCACAUGAAUCUUUUUCCUAUGGUCUAGGUUAUACCAGUCCUUUUUCUUCACAGCAGCGCCCUCAUAGACACUCGAUGUAUGUGAGCCGGGACAGAGUGAGGUCAAAGGGCUCAGAGGGUGGCUUAAACGUAGGGCAAGGGAUGGCAGCCAGAGCAAACAGCCUGCAACUGUUAUCUCCACAGGUGCAGCAUAAGUCACUCACAAGGUCUGUUGGCUCCUCACGAGAAGACUGUACAGAAGAUACUAAUAGGCAGAGUGACCAGAUUCCAUCAGAAACAAAUUUAACAAGACCUCCAGUAAAAGAUUCCUCGGGAGCUGUUAAAGCUGCAUUUCAUUCACGGCGAAAAUCUGAGGGUGGAGCAUAUCAUGAUCCACACACAGAAGAUGGAGCAUCUACUAAGGAAAAUAGAAUUCUGUAUAAUGACCCUGUUCCAAGAAGAGUUGGCAGCUUUUACAGAGUUCCAUCUCCGCGUCCAGAGAGUACAUACAUAGAAAACAAUGUGUCAAACAGAGCCUCUGUAUUACCAGCAGACAGCAGCACGGUGGCAAACCACUCAAAGAGACAAACCACCUUUGAUACCUGGAAAAGUCCUGAAAAUCUUAACAGUCACUCUGAACAGCUCAAGGAGAAAGAAAAGCAAGGGUUUUUCAGGGCAAUAAAAAAGAAAAAGAAGAAAUCUCAAACUACAAACUCAACCAACGGGGAGAAUCCAAGCAUCAAGAAAUCCCUCUUCCCUCUUUUUAAUUCAAAGAAUAAUUUAAAGCAUAGUUCUUCUUUGAAAAAGCUUCCUGUAGUCACUCUACCCAUGAUGCCUAGCACUGAUGGUCAGGAUCUCUUGGCAUUACAGAAAGCCAUUCAUUCUUCUAAUCACCAGAGCAGCAGGCAGAAGGAUUGGCAUCCUGAGAAGAUGACAGAAAUCCAGCCUCAUAGCCAGCCAUUAAAAUCUCUUCGCAAGCUAUUACACCUCUCCUCCUCGAAUCAUCCUGUCCCUGCCGAGCCUCGCUUCCAGCCCCUACCAAGCCAGCCGGCCAAAGCUGCUUUUUCUGAAGUGCGAAUUCACCCCAUGAGUCAAAGCUCCAGCAGCGGCAGCAGCAACGCGCGGCAAGAGCCGCAGGCCAAGGGCAGGCCAACGCUGCAGAUCCCGAGCCAGCUGGAGCCCACCUGGCACGUCUCCCCCGUCAACAGGAGCGCGAGCGACGGGCCUCCCUACUCCGACCAGCCGCCCUCCAAGAGCGGGCAGAACGGGCACGCGUAUAACCGAACAAACCGGUCACGAAUGCCAAAUCUGAACGACCUGAAAGAGACAGCCUUGUAAUUGCACUCCAGGCAGUAGGCCAGCUCGCACGGAGGUCAGCGUGGGGGAGUGGUGGUGGUUCUGGUGAUGGUAAGACUGUAUUUUCAGCUUUAUAAAGGUGUGCAAUAUGUACAUGUGGAGCUAUGUUGUUUGGCACCACAGCGAGAGUCAGGGAUUAUACAGUAAACCAAGUCGAAUUAUGAAUUGCUAGUCAUCGGAAAUGUCACUGGACGACAGGCAGAGUGUGCCAUUCAGGGAGAAAAAUGUAUUGCCGUUUUCUCUCAUUUACAUUCCAGCUUAGAGCACAUCUCUGUCAGAAAGCUGGGAGACUUCUGGUAUGUAUUGGCACUUAUAAGGGUGAAAACAUUCAUGUCUAGACCUAUGCCCUUACUACAUUUUUUGCUGCCUAGUUAAAACAGUGGGGUUUAUGUGAUAAAAGUGUAUCCCCGUUAAGGGUUUAAAGUUAAAUUGUAUGUCUUAAAUUUGUUUUUUAAACUUCCAUAUUUGAUAGGAUUUGUAAUAUUUAUUUAUGAUGACCUAAUAUCGUACUGUUAUAAUCAUAUCUUUUAUGUUAUAAUGUAAAGUUAUUUUGAGCUGUUUGAAACAUUGUGAAGCAGUGCAACAGCUACAGUAGUUUCUAUAAAAAACUAACAGUAACAUUUAUAUAUUGCAUCAGGAGUAUUUUAUUCUAUAUAUAAAUAUAUAUAUAUAAAUGGAAAAUAACUGUCUGUUUUUUAAAUAUACUCAUUUAAAAGAAAAGUAUUGUUAUGACACUAUCUGCCAUAUUUUUAUACAUUUGUGAUAUAAAGUGCAGUAUUAUACUUCUAAUAAAAGGAAGUUGAAUGUGGAUAUAAAUGUGACUGUAACAGUAUGAAUCUUGCUCAGCUAUGAGAGCCCAAUAUUAUAGGAAUUACUGAUAACAAACAAAAGACAACAUUCAAUUCCAAGCUUUAUUAUGGGCUAUUUUGUUGGAAGUAUUGGCUAAAUGUAAGAGACUGCAGAACUGUACAGUAAUCUAAAUGUGGUAUGUUCUCCCCUGUGUCCUUAGAUUUCCUAAUAAUAUUCAUAGGAUUUCUGCAUCUGCAUCGAGAGAUUAGAGCCCCGGAACCAUUUUAUUUUUCCUCUAAAGAGAUAAAGUGCCCCGUGACUACAAGCUAAAGCAGGUGCUCUUUCACUUAAUAGUAGGGGUGAAAACCAAAGAAACAUAGCAUGAAUUGCAAGUGAAAUGCCAAACUUUGACACUUAAUGCAUAGCAUGGCACUGCAGAUCAUGGUAUAAGCUUUUAUGCAUAUGUGUAUUUUACAUCUUGUUUUAGCAAUCUAUUAACUAAUAAGAUAAACACUAUUUAAAUUAAAAGUACUCUUGCACUUUUCUUAUAUUUCAGGAUGUAUUUAAAACUACAAAUCUGAUAUUUGGAUAUUGAGGGAGAAGGUUGCCGUGCAGCUAAAUUUCUCCUUAGAUCUUACUGUCCCAAUAUUCCCAUACGCAGUUCAGUGACCAGUCUCAGCAAAAUACUAGAUCUUGGGUUCCAGUCUCCUGUACAACAUUGUUAAAACUGCCUUUACGUUGGUGAAUGUCAAGUAUAGCGAAUAUAUAACCUGAUUCCUCUGUUGCUAUCGGUAAAAUAAAUGGAAGGUGAGUCAGUAGGAGUCAAAAGAGUUAUGCCAGUCUAAACUUUGUGCAAUAAGAGGAGAGUCAGGCCUGUAGUGUCAGAACAAUACAAUCUUUCCUAUUCAGACACGUUCAUUCAACUCCCUCAUUACUCUGCAGCAUAGUUCAUUUUCUAUAUGGUGUCGUCAGAAGACACUUGUACCUGCAAAUAUGUUGUCUGUUCCGAGAAGAGAUUAACCUGAAUGUAAAAUUGAUGACUUAGCCAUAGAUAUAGUUAACAGAAGUAGCCAGACAGUAAGAGCUGAACUUCCUACUUUGAAAACAAUGCAAACUGGACGUGACGUUCAGUACCUCUCGAAUCAUACCAAAGUUCUAACAACAACACAUUUGGCACAAACACUUUGAAAAUCUUUGUCAAGUACAAUAUGAAAGGAUGCUACAGCAGGUUUGUGCAGGGCAAAAAUUAAGCCUAGUAAAUUUGAAAAACUAUAAAAUAAAAAUUCUUUGUCAAUUGCCUGCAAGAAAUGUGUGUAUAAUUUUCUAUAGAUAUAUAUGGUUUAUAGUAUAUUUAUAUGUGCUAUAACAUAUAGAGUAUUUAUAUAGCAUAUAUAAAUACAGUAGACAUGAAAGGAUAUUCAGUUUUUGACAAGUUCAGUGGGCAUCCAGGAAGUUUAUUGUGAAUUUACUAGUCCUUACUAUCAGAGUUUAGCAGUUUAUUUUAAAAGUCUCUCUUCGAUUCACCAGUUCAUCACAACUAGACUACUCCCGUUCUCUGCUUUGAAAUGGGUUGAUGCCACUGAAAUCCUCACAAAAGCAUUGCCUGGGAGUGGGGCUCUAAGCAGUACUAUGUGAAUGUCUCUGCAUGAGCAUUCAGACUAGACUCUUCUAUACUUUAUGGAUAUAUUUCCUUUUGCCUCUGCAAGAUUUGUAUCUUGAUAGUAAGAGCUUCCUGCUGGAGAUGAUGCUACUGGGCUACAUGUGGCUAUUCUGGUUUCUAGCAAGGAAAAAUGUUUCCCAAGGUUUUUGUUUGUUUGUUUGUUUGUUUCCCUCAGUAUGCAUUAAGUUAAAUCAGGGUAAUCUCUGACUGUACAUAUAGCUAUUUAAAGUAGUUAGCAAAGCUUCAAGAGUGACCUAAGGAAUGUUCAAGUAUUUAUUUGGUGGCCCGUAUUUACAGAAAGUUGUUUCUACUUCAUACCGCAUUUUCAUCUCAACUUCAAUGAACAGUAACAGAUUUAGGUUGAAUACUAAAUUGUGUUGGAUGUAUGUAGUAUUUUCUUCCUUCUGUUAGAAAGAACUUCCAGCAGCUCAGCCAGCUGGUGCUGGGAUAGAUUGUGUAUUUUUAACCUGGUCUAACUUCCGAAUAUUUAAAAUAUUGCUAAUGUAAUUUCACUGAGGCUUCCAAAGGAGUCUUAUUAUAUGGCAGAGAUUUGCUGUCUCAAUAAAGGAGAAGAUAAUUGCAGAGCAAACAAUUUU